AUGAGUGUACGAUUGGACCCCCGGUCUUCAGAACAAUACCGCGCUCUUCUUGCCAAAUAUGAUACUUGGAUGUUCGAUUGCGAUGGUGUACUAUGGCACGGGGAUCGACUCAUAGAUGGUGCAGUGGAAGUUCUCGAUAUCCUUAGAAAAGAAAAGAAGAAUAUCCUCUUUGUGACGAACAAUGCGACCAAGUCUCGGAAGAACUACAAGAAGAAGUUCGAUGUCUUGGGUAUUGAGGCCCAUGUAGACGAAGUUUUCGGAUCCGCUUAUGCUGCUGCCGUGUACCUCUCCUCCGUUGUAAAGCUGCCUAAGGAUCAAAAGGUCUAUGUCGUUGGCAUGUCUGGCCUUGAGGAGGAGCUCAAAGACGAAGGGGUGGCAUUCAUCGGUGGUACCGAUCCAGCGGACAACACGCUCAAACCGCCAUCUGAUGGGAUUCCUCCUGAUCCUAGUAUCGGUGCUGUCCUCGUUGGUUUAGACACUUCGAUCAACUAUUACAAACUCUCGAAGGCGUUCCGAUACUUGCACUCUAAUCCGGCAUGCUUGUUCCUCGCUACAAAUGAGGAUUCCACAUAUCCCAGUGACAAGGGUCUGCUACCUGGUGCGGGAGCAGUAUUGUCGCCUUUGAAGACCGCGCUGGGUCCCACGCGUCCUGUGACAAGCAUUGGAAAGCCCAGUGGCUUGAUGCUAGACUGUAUCAAGGCGAAGCACAAUUUUGAUCCUUCCAGAACUGUGAUGGUUGGCGAUAGACUCAAUACAGAUAUUCAAUUCGGGAAGAAUGGCGGCCUCGCAACGCUGCUUGUUCUUACAGGUAUCACCACCGAGGAGAAUUUGACGGGUCCCAAUCCCUCGUCUAUCGUGCCCGACUAUGUCACGCCAUCCAUUGGAGACCUGCGAAUUCUCAAGACAUAGAUGGCAAGCACAGGUUUGAAGGUUUGACAUAUUUUCAGGCGUUCAUAUAUUACAAGAUAUGUUCUAGAGGCCACAUAACGUAGAGAUACAAUCG